CGCCAUGAAGAGAUUACUUUUUAUAGCAGCAACAAUCAUUGCGAUCGUCCACGGGGGCCGAGUGCGCAUUAUCGAAGGGACGAUCGCCACAGCCCACGAGUUCCCGUAUCAGGUUUCGAUCCAGUGGAACUACGCCAACGGCUCGCGGCCGGCACACUUCUGCUCCGGAUCGAUCCUCAACCGUCGCUGGAUUCUAACGGCGGCCCAUUGCGAGGGAAACUUCACCCCCGAAGGGUGGAUGGAAGUCGUAGCGGGAGUGAACAAUAUUGCCACCGAAGAGACCGGAGCCCAGCGUCGGAACGUGUCCCGGUUUGUGGCGCACGAACGGUACAGCUCCGGCACCCUUCGGAACGAUAUCGCCGUAAUUCGGCUAUCGAAGCCACUACAUUUCGGGUCCACGAUUGCUACGAUCCGUUUGGCGAACAACGACACCGUGAUCGACCACACGGCGGCGGCCAAGUUUGCUGGCUGGGGUUCGAUUUCUAAGACUUGGGACGACAUUUUCCCCGAUGAGCUGAGGAGAGUGGACCUGCCACUGCGCACGAUGAAGGAUUGCGAAAAAAUGCGACCCUCCGUGGAUAGCUCGGUCAUUUGCGCCGGCGGCUACCGUAACGUGUCCGGCUGUACGGCGGACUCCGGUGGGCCGCUAGCCAUCACCGUCAGCGAUCGCACGGCACAGAUCGGGCUCUUGUCGUACGGGGAAAAACCGUGCCGAGCCACCAUGCCGGUCGUGUUUACGAGUGUGCCACACUUUCACGCGUGGAUUCAGAGUAAAAUUGCGAAAUAAACUGUAAAAU